AUGGCCGCUCUCGCCAGCUCCCUCAUUCGCCAGCGACGGGAGGUCAAGGACCCCCAAGCGAACCGGCAGAUUGCCAGCAAGCGCAAGCCCUGCCCGAAGAGCAACAAGUCGCUCUGCCAGAAACAGAUUCUCAUAUUGAUAUCAAAAGUUCGACUAUGUGGCAGUCGAGGGAGAAAAAUGGAAAAAAGGCCCGAGCCCCAGCUGAAGGGCAUCGUCACACGGCUCUACUGCAGACACGGAUUCUACCUCCAGAUGCUGCCGGAUGGCACCAUGGAAGGCACAAAGGACGAAAGCAGCUCCUUUUUGCAGUUCAACUUGAUUCCUGUGGGACUCAGGAUAGUGGCCAUCCAGAGCACCAAGACGGGGCUCUACAUCGCCAUGAACAGCGAGGGCUACCUCUACACUUCGGAGCACUUCACGCCGGAGUGUAAGUUUAAGGAGUGCGUCUUCGAGAACUACUACGUCACCUACUCGUCCAUCCUGUACCGGCAGACCCAGUCGGGGCGAGCCUGGUACAUCGGCAUCAACCGGGACGGGCAGGUCAUGAAGGGGAACCGCGUCAAGAAGACCAAGGGUGCUGCUCACUUCCUGCCCAAACUCAUUGAAGUGGCGAUGUACAGGGAGCCCUCCUUACACGACGUCGCCGAACAGAGUCCGCCCAGAAAAACGCCUAAGACCUCCAGUGACUCACCCGUGCUUAAUAACGGCAAGAAAGAAGCUCAGUCCAAAACCAAAACCUCCUCUUCCUAGCACUGAGCGACACGGGGGAGAGGAGAGGGCGGACGAUGUAGGGCGACGGUCACCAGCGGACAUCCAGAGGACGUCGUUGAGAGAAAAAGCU